AUGACUUCUGUGGAUAAUAUUCUCACUGGCAAAUAUCCAGCCAAGGCCCAUGCCCGUCGUGUUGCUGAUCUCCUGAAGGCUCGGCAUGGCGGCGCCGGAGCUAUCUAUCUUGAGGCUCAAAAAACUCGAAUGAUCGAGGAUAGCGAUGAGACUAUGCCAUUUAGGCAACGUCGUCCCUUCUUCUAUCUCACUGGGUGUCUUUUGCCCGAUGCCGCCGUGGUAUACGAUGCCGUCGCAGAUCAAUUGACUCUGUUCGUCCCUCCUAUCGAUGAGGAGUCCGUCAUUUGGUCUGGUCUCCCUCUGUCUCCGGAAGAGGCUUCCAAACUCUACGAUGUGGACCGCGUUCUGUUCACAACCGAUAUCAAUUCAACUUUGGCGUCGAUCGCCUCGACCCACAAUGGAAAAACUGCCGCGUUUUCAAUUGCCGAACAAGUAUCAGAGGGCACCAGCUUCAAAGGGUUUGCUGAAACAAAUGUUUCUGCCCUGAAGACUGCCAUCGAGGAUACUCGUGUUAUCAAGGAUGCAUACGAAGUUGCGCUCCUGAGAAAGGCAAACGAGAUCUCAACUAAGGCUCACGUCGCUGCCAUCGAGGCCGCCAAGACUGCCACUAAUGAGCGCCAGAUCGAGGCUGCUAUCAUCGGUGCUUGUAUUGCCAAUGGAUGUCGCGAGCAGUCUUACCACCCCAUCGUCGCUGGUGGUGAGGGCGGUGCUACUCUUCACUAUGUUCGGAACGAUGUGGACCUCAUCGAUCCUGACACUAAACAGCGCAAGAACAAUGUUCUCAUCGAUGCCGGUGGUGAAUACCAGACUUACUGUGCCGAUAUCACCCGCGUCAUUCCUCUGAACGGAAAGUUCGCGACUGAGACGCGCCAGAUCUACGAGAUUGUCCUCCAGAUGCAAAUGGAGUGCAUUGCUAUGCUGAAGGAAGGCGUGUGUUGGGAUGACGUGCACGCUUUGGCACAUCGCAUUGCUAUCCGUGGCUUGUUGGAGCUGGGUAUUCUACGUGGAUCCGAGGAGGAAUUGUUCGAGAAGCGCAUUAGCGUCGCCUUCUUUCCCCACGGCCUCGGCCACUACCUCGGAAUGGACACCCACGAUACCGGUGGUAACCCCAACUAUGAAGAUAAGGACACCAUGUUCCGCUAUCUCCGCGUCCGCGCUAAUCUGCCCGCUGGCUCUGUGAUCACCGUCGAGCCCGGUAUCUAUUUCUGUCGCUUCAUCAUCGACCCCGUCCUGAAUUCUCCCGAGACCGGCAAGUACAUCGAUGCCGAGGUCUUGAAGCGCUAUUGGAAGGUCGGAGGAGUCCGUAUUGAGGACAACAUCCACAUCACCAAGGAUGGUUUCGAGAACUUGACCACGGCCCCCAAAACCAUUAUGGAGGUUGAGAGUCUGGCAAUGUAA